CGCAGCAAUAUGACCAGGGAAGAGGAAGGAAAGGCAAGCAGGCCGUUUCUUACUCCCGUUGGACCUGUUUUCUUUGUUCCCUCCGCUUCUGUCACCUUUUCUCCCGUCUUACCAUCUAUAUAAACGAAAUCGAACGAUUCACGACAAAGGACCGGUCUUCAAACUAUUUUCGACUCCAACGUGCUGGCCUUCAGAAGCGGACGAGAGGUCUAAGAGAACCUAUUUGAUUCGGGCAUACCGCCAAUCGCCAACACAUAACUGCUGAUUUAGCUAGACAAGACAAGUCAACACCCCAAAAUGGAACAAAUAGCCAACCAAAUUGAUCGGGACGAUACGGGCGAUAUUGUGAAGGACAUGCAAAAUGCACCAUCUUCCACCAAUAUCAAUUUUGCCUCGCCUUCCAGUAAAGGCGACUCCGAGGGUGUUGUUGAUGGCUCAGGCAACGGCAACACAGGCGUGGGAGGUUCGAGUUCACAGACCAAAGUCAUUGUCUUUAAUUCCACAAACUUCGCGGACGGUCAUGUCUUUCAGCUCAAGGAUAGUGACCAGAACAAAAAGAUAAUCGGCUUUUCCAAGACCGACUCCAAAACCACGCUCGAUGUGGUCCAAUGGCAGGUUAUCAGCGGCGACAACAUUGAGCCUCUGGGUGAUGCCGAAUUCAGCGAUGCGAAGCCCGAUGAACAACUCAUAGAUGUUGACAACAAUUCUGUGACGCUCAACUUUGAAGGCAAAACCUCGAAGUAUUACGGAAAAGAGAUGUAUAUUCAGAUUGACUGGAAGAAGGAUGGAGCUUCAGGCUACACCAAAACAGAACUCUUCACUGUCACCAAUACCGACAACACCACCGAGAUCACUGAACUAAAUAACCAACUCAAGAGGGAUCAAAGUCAACAGGAGACCUUAGAAUCUACCACUUCCUCAUCCUCAUCAGCAACAGCCACCCUUUCGCCUUCGUCGACUUCAGGGGCUGAAGAGAGUUCCGGUGGUGGCGGCGGCGGCGGCGGGCUCUCAACCGGCGCAACUGCUGGCAUUGCCGUUGGUGCCGUUAUUGGUGGUCUUCUCCUCAUCGGUGCACUGGCAUGGUUCUUUCUUCGCAGGCGUCGACGCAGCAAGCAGGCUGGCGAUGAGUAUGUCACACAGCAAACAUACGCAGUGGACAAGGAAACUCAUGGCCGUGCUACCGAUUCACCCAACUCGCCCUACUCAGAUGAAAACCAUAUGCAACCCGUUGCUCUCGGUAGCCUCGACCGUGAUCGUGGUGUCGCUCCAACUCCCCCACCCGGCGGCGUGCCUCGUUCAUCCAUCGGGUCCCAUGAUCGUGCAGCACACAGCGGCGCUCAGACACCUCAGGGCAUGUCAUCCAACGUGGCUCACUUGGUCGAAGAUGGUAUGACAGUCGAUGAGAUUCGAAGAUUAGAGGAAGAGGAGCGGCAACUGGAUGAUGAAAUUGAGCGUGCCGCGAGACGAUAGUGCCGCCUCGCAUGGGCAAAAGCCAUCUGUAGACCAGAGAAAUCCGGGUCCCGCGGGAGGCAUUGACUCCGUGCGGGUGUGUUAUGGGGUUUGGAGUUUUGGAUUAUGA